AUGCCACCCUCCGAUCUAAGCAUCGCUCACUUACGGACAGGUUCGACGCAUGCCCGUACUCCAGCCAGAGUCGCUCCCCCGACUGACACCUGCCCACUUUAUGAACUCUGCACCCCUCUACCUCCCAAUGAGAUUAGAAGCCACCGGUUCGAUCCUGCGAGAUCUGCCAUGCGCAUCUUAACUUGGGAUGAUAUGGAGGUCGAGCUUGGGGGAUGGGUCUUCCUCGCCUGCCCGCAGUCCGGGCCCUGCACCGACUGUCAUCAGCACGAACCACAUGUCAACACGAUUGUCGUGGGCAUCGGCGCAGCUUCCACCCACGAUGGUCGCUUUGAUGGCCGUGCCAGUAUCGCAGCAUAUUUUGGUGCAUCAAACGCUCACAACAUCGCCCAUCCGCUCAUCUCGCCUCGCCCAACCUACCAGAUGGCCAUGCUGGAGGCGUGUCGGUACGUUCUGAGGCGCACGCAGCUAUGCCUCGACGAGUGGAAACGGCACAAGGCAGAGGCUACUACAAUCACGCAAUGCUGUCUCAACGUUCUCAUCAUCAAGACAGACUCGGAGUUCAUCGUGCGUGGAUACACUGAAUGGCUGCCCAACUGGAAGGUGAACGGUUGGCGGAACCACCGGGAUGAGCCGGUGUCAUUUGCCAGUCUGUGGCGAGAGAUCGACAGUCUCAUCACAGCAUUGGAACGAAGCAUCCGUGUGGUGUUCUGGCAUGUUCCUCGCCAGAUAAAUGAAGUUGCUCACUCCAUGGCCCGGGUGGCUUUGCAGAUGGUGUCUCAUCGAUAG